AUGGCUAGCAAAAGAAAAUCCACAACUCCCUGCAUGAUACCAGUAAAAACACUGGUGCUUCAGGAGACUGAACUGGAUGCUGUAGAAGAUGAUCGUGAAGGAAUGCAACAAGAUGCUCCUGUGGAAGGGCCAGCAGCUAGUGAUGCUGGUGCCAGUAACAGUAAUAAUGGAGCUUUGUCUAACGGGCACCGCGGUAUUGCUGAUAGUGACACUUAUAUCUGCAAGUCUUGUGACUUUGGAUCUCAAGACCUUCAUCACUUCUUUGGGCACUUGGACUCUGAGCACUUAGACUUUAGCAAAGACCCUGCGUUUGCGUGUCUUGCGUGCAGCUUUCUAGCAAAUAGCCAUGAAGGGCUCUCGCACCACAAUGCAGAGUCGCACGCCGGCGAAACGAGCUUCAUCUGGAGGGUGGCUAAGCAGGACAAUCAUACAACUGUGGAGCAAAGUCUCUGUGAGGCCACCAGCAGCCAUGACCUUCCGGGAGAGGUCCCUGAAGAAGGGGUGGACGGCCAGUCUGAAAUUAUCAUUACCAAAACCCCUAUCAUGAAGAUAAUGAAAGGUAAACCGGAGGCCAAAAAAAUCCACACGCUGAAAGAGAAUGUGUCAAGUCAGCUGGGCAGUGAGUCGGAGGUGAAGGACGGAGAGCAUUCAUUCCCAAACGGGUCUGUGCCGGUCAGCCAGCCCACUGCAAGUUCGACAAAAUCAUCUCAUAUAGUGAAUGGCUCCAUCAUAGGAAACGUGCCUGUUCUGCAGGCAGGUGUUGCACAACUUGUGUCACUGCAGCAGCAGCCCCCAUUGCAUCAGCAGCUACCUACGUCCAAGUCCCUUCCCAAGGUGAUGAUCCCCCUGAGCAGCAUUCCAACGUACAACGCCACCAUGGACUCCAACAGCUUCCUGAAAAACUCUUUCCACAAGUUCCCCUACCCAACCAAAGCCGAGCUCUGCUACUUGACCGUGGUGACGAAGUACCCAGAAGAGCAGCUGAAGAUCUGGUUCACUGCCCAGAGGUUGAAGCAGGGCAUCAGCUGGUCACCGGAGGAGAUUGAAGAUGCCAGGAAGAAGAUGUUUAACACGGUUAUUCAGUCCGUGCCGCAACCCACCAUUACAGUUUUGAACACGCCGCUGGUUGCGAACCCCGGGAACGUCCCCCAUCUUAUUCAGGCGACUUUACCGGGCCACGUGGUGGGGCAGCCGGAGGGGACGGGGGGGCUGCUGGUCACGCAGCCCAUCAUGGCAAACGGGUUGAAGGGCACCAGCUCCUCCUUCACCUUGGCGGUGACUUCUGUCCCCAAGCCACAGCUGGCGGCACAGCACGGCACGGUGAGCUCCAGCAACGCGUCGGGGGUGAAGGUGGUCAACAGUGGCCAGUCGCUGCUCACCGCCUGCCCGGCGAUCUCCUCACAGACCUUCCUGGAUCCCAACGUGUACAAAAACAAGAAGUCCCACGAGCAGCUCUCGGCCUUGAAAGGCAGCUUCUGCAGAAACCAGUUCCCUGGCCAGGCCGAAGUCGAGCGGCUGACAAAAAUCACGGGCCUUUCCACCAAGGAGAUUCGAAAAUGGUUCAGCGAUAGGAGGUACCACUACAGGAACGUGAGAGGCGGCCGGGCCGUCUUCCCUGGAGACAGCGCUCUCGAUUCCCUGCCUGAGAUAACCUUCGACGUCUCGCCCAGAGGAGCCGAGCCGAGCCCUGCGGUAGCGGCGGCAGCCGCGCCGGCCCCUCACCACCCACCGCGGCGGCAGUCAUGGCACCAAGCGCCCGACUUCACGCCGACCAAGUACAAAGAGCGGGCACCGGAGCAGCUGAAGGCCCUGGAGAGCAGUUUUGCUCAAAAUCCCCUUCCUGCAGAGGAAGAGGUGAACCGCCUGAGGGGGGAAACGAAGAUGACACGGAGGGAGAUUGAUAGCUGGUUCUCGGAGAGGAGGAAGAAGAAGGUGGCGGAGGAAAAUAAGAAAGUGGAGGAGGCGGCUCGGCAAGAGGAGGAGGAGGCGGAAAAUGGCGGCGGGGAAGGGGAAGACUCCUCGGAUGAGCUGAGGGCCGCGAGCGAAAACGGCUCAGUCGACACUGGCAACAACCCGAACUCGGUGGAGCGGAAAGUGAGUCCCAUCAAAAUCAACCUGAAAAACCUGCGAGUGACCGAGUCCAACGGCAAAAGCGAGUUACCGGGGGCCGGUGCAAAUGAGAAAGGGGACGGCAGCUCCAGCCGGCCACCCACCCCUCCGAAAACCAAACUGAACUUUAAAAAAACGGCCCAGCAGCGGCAUCUGCUGAAACAAAUGUUCGUGCAGACCCAGCGGCCCACAAACCAGGAGUACGAUGCCAUUGUUUCCCAGACGGGUCUGCCGCGGGCCGAGGUCAUUCGCUGGUUUGGGGACAGCCGGUACGGCUACAAGAACGGGCAGCUGAAGUGGUAUGAGAACUACAGGCGAGGGGUUUUCCCCCCGGGGCUGGUGGAGGUCAGCCCCGCCGGCCGGGAGGUGCUGGAGGACUACUACGAGAAGCACAAGGGGCUGCGGGAGGAGGACCUGCCCGGCCUCUGCGAGCGCUCCCACCUCAGCGCCCAGCAGCUCAAGGUGUGGUUUGCGGUGAAGGUGGAGGAGGAGAGCAGGGGCGCCGUCCCUGAGGAAGCCUGUGCCGGCGAGACGGCGGGAAGCCGGAAAGGGCCGUGCGAGGCCAGCUUGGAGGUGUCGGAGAGCAGCAAGUCGUGGGAGCCGGGUGCGGAAGGCAGCGCUGGGACCCCCGAUGCCCCCGGCCCGCCGCCCGCUGCACGGCUCGAAACAGACUGAACUCAAACCACCAGCCCCGGAGGAUCUGCUCUUACCCUUGAGAAG